AUUGGACAGAUUCACGUUCUAUCGGCAGCGAGCAAAAAGAUGGAUCGAUACUCGAGUCGGAAUGGUCAAGAGGCUGGCUGUGCAUCAACUGUGAAAAAGCCGAAAGUCGGAGCGUCUAGCUCAUCUACUUCUACUUGUACUAAGUCUAAGAACAUCAGCAACCGUCUAGGGCUACGGCUAGGCGGUGCAGCAAAAGAGCACAGACAUGAAGAUGAAGAGGAUACAUCGCUUUCGCCGCAUUGCAAACGGUCACGGAAAGCAGCAAAUAUGGAGCCAGCGGCUGUACUCAUGCGGAAGCAGCAACGAGAAGCGAAUCGACGUUCUAUCGCAGACACUUUAGCAGAUCUUCUUGGAGAUUUCUAUAUCCGCCCAAACGCGUCAACAAUCGUCGUCCGGCUACCGAGCAGAUCGAAAGAAAAACACUUCUUCGACAAGCUUUUAGAGCUUCCGGACGGACACAGAAUCCUGGUAGGAUUUACAUUUAGAUAAAGACUUGAGUUGAAGUUGAACUUCCAAAUGAUCUAAAAAAUCUAAAUUUUCUAAACUUUCUAAAGUAGAUUUCCUGCUGUAAUGCUAAUCCCUAAUUCUAAUGCUACAUCUAAAUUUAAUCACUACCAGGGAUGUCACCGCAGCGGCGAAUUGACGAAAGCGGUAGGACGGCACUCAGUGGCAGCGGUGCACACCUACCUUACCCAUGCAGUAUCUCGGUAUCGCUUCAUGAUGAAGCUCCUUGCGUGGCCGGAUAUACCGAAAGACGACGCUGCCAAAGCGGAAAUCGAUCAUGCGUACGGCCUUUGGAUGGCUCCGAUAGUUGCAGAACUCCCUAACUAUCCUUCGGUGAAAGAAGAAUGCGAUGCUUCUCGCGAACUGCAUGCUGAUGUCUACAAGUGGUUGCGGGUACCUUCCUCGGACGAAGUCGAGGAGAUUGAGGAUGGUUUUAGAACCGUCUUGCGGCGGGGUGCCAGGUACGUACCGAGGACUCCAGCACGCGUAGCAGCAGCGGCAGCAGUCAACGGUUACGAGGAAGAAGACCUUGAUCUUGAUCACAUCAAUUCAGAUGAAGACGUGGACGAUCACGUUGCAGGAGGUGACGAUGCACAAGAAAGAGAUCCAUGGGGCUGGAAGACGGAUCACGAUGGGAAUUUUCUCUAGCAACUGAAUAUCUCUUCUCGACGUUGAAGAUAGAUGAAGAAGUAGAAAGCUUGACUUUGGUACUGAUCGUGUUUGUGAUGGAGACGCAGCCCCAGUUAUGCAUGUCUCUGUCUCAGUAGGUUCAGCAGUAAAAGUAACUCGUCAGCAGUUCAGUAGUAGCAGUAAGCGCCGCAGUGGAAGCACAAGCACACGUAGAAGUAGAUGAAUAAUCCGAAUGCGACUAGCACUCAGACUAAGACAGCCUCGUACGACGUACGUUGUGUAUUUCAAGAAAGUACUAGUGAUAGCUACUGGGUCUGCCUGCAGGUGACCUGGUGCGCCAUUGAUGUUGAAGCGGAGACCAAAUCCAAAUGAGGAUCGCCAGCAAUUCUCUCCC